GAAGACGCCAUCUUGUUGCUUGGAGGUCUUCACUCUUGUCGAGCGCAAAAUGUCCAAUUUCGAGCCCAAUGCGGUGAUCCGUGGAUUCCAGUUGACGGUUGUUGGAACUGUCCGAGCAUUGCGCAACCCUGAACUCUUCAAAUAUGAUCACUUUCGUCAAGCAGCCCUGGCGGUUGCUGUGGGCGUGAUUAUCCAGCUCAUUAUUCAAGUUCCGAUCAUAGCUAUCAAGUUUGUGAUAUGGAUUGUGUCAUUGGUAUCGAAUCUCGACCAAGCCACAUGGGAUGAUCGGAUCUUGAACGGAUUGGAAUUCUUGUCCAAGUCCGUUCUACAAGUCCCCUUUCUGUUGAUGUCGCUCAUGCGAUAUAUCACUCCGACACUUGAUGAGAUCUUCAUGGAAUCACUGCACUGGGUCGAUUCCACCUACGUGGACAAGCACAAGGCCGAAGACCCCAGAACGCUGCGGGCCAUGUACUACCCAAACCUCGUCAGAUACUCCACCCAAGGCAAAGUAGGCGUAUCCAAUCCGGUGCCCCAGGCUCUAAUGCUUUUUCUGCGGCGGUAUGCCAAGCGAGUUGGUAUGAUGCUUGGGGUCUAUCUCCUGUCUCUAACCCCGGUCGUGGGCCGAUUCGUUAUGCCCGCAGCCAGUUUCUAUGCAUUCCGAAGCAGCGUAGGAACGACUCCCGCUGCAGCUCUUUUUGGCGCCGGCCUUUUCCUGCCAAAACGAUAUAUUGUGAUAUUUCUCCACACCUAUUAUUCUUCACGCAGCCUGAUGCGUGAACUGCUCGAGCCUUACUUCAGUCGGGUUCGGUUCACUCCCGAGCAAAAACAAAGAUGGUUUCGCGACCGUGAAGGCGUUCUAUUCGGGUUUGCCUUUGGCUUCACGGUUCUUUUGAAGACACCAUUUAUCGGUGUACUCUUGUAUGGCGUUGCUGAAGCAUCGACAGCGUACUUGGUCACGAAAAUCACCGAUCCUCCACCGGAUCCCAGUGAAAGCAAGGACUUUGCCGAGUCCCAGACUACCUGGAAGAACAAGCAUGACUUCCUGCAAUUGUCGCUUGAUAAACUCGACAAAUUGAACACUGUAUCUGAUGACCCGCAGCAGAAGGAAUCCGUCUUCGAUACACCGAGGAAGAAGUUCUCAUAGAGCUUUCGCACCUGUCUUGACCCGCUCUUAGCGCCUAUAUAAGAGGCCAUUGCAUCUUGCACUCGAAUUUUGGAGACAGUAUGCAUUAUUUUGCAUCUAAAUCAUGGAUAGACCACGGAGGGGGUAUCAAUCGGGUCCUAUGUAAACGGCGUUAUCAACAUAAUGUGGCAGUGCCCUCCAUUGACCCUGGAAAUAGGAGCAUCAGUAUGCAAAAAUCGGACCACUACUGGCGCGCAAUUUCAUUGUGAACCGACGAUAAGCGGGUGAUAACUAGAGCAAAUCAUAUUAUGAACUCAUCUUUAUCAACACCAUAAUAAUACAACCACUUAGAGCAA